AACCCGACGGCUCCGAGUCCUUUGGGCCAAAUGCCGCCCAACGAGAUGUCAGGUGGACCUAUGCCUCCGGCCGGCUUCUUCCCUAAUUCCCAUAUGCGGCCCUCACCGCCACAACAGCCAGUCUCACAGCCGUCCCCCCAUCCACAACCUCCUCCCCCACCACACGGCCAAAUGAUGCAGAAUCAGCCAUUUAUGUCACCCCGAUAUCCGGGAGGUCCGCGACCGGGCGUACGAAUGCCACAACAGGUAGACUUCAAUCCGCCGGGAGGAGUGCCGGGACAGCCAUUGAUGCCUAACAGUAUGGACCCCACCAGACAAGGUGGUGUAGGCGGUGGUGAUGGAGAUUUUGUGGGUUGGCAGCCAGGCCCGCCGGGCAUGACGUCAAUGAAUCCACGGAUGAACCCCCCGCGCGGCCAACCGUUAGGGCCUAUGAAUCCCAACUACGGCGGAAUGAGGCCACCGCCUAAUUCCAUGGGUCCCGGAGGACCCGGAAUGCCUCCCGGAAUGGGAAUGCCGCCCGGCCCUGGAGGGCGACCCUGGAAUCCAAAUGCAUCCAAUCAACAGAUGAACUAUUCUUCCGCAUCUCCCGGAAGCCAUUAUGGGGGACCGCCGGGAUCUGGUUCGGGACCCGGACCGGGAACGCCUAUAAUGCCGAGUCCUCAGGGGUCUACGGGUCCGUAUUCACCAGCGAGUCAUAGAAUGGGAACUCCUAACCCCGGAGGAAGAGAUUCUUCGGGUUCGGGAGGGGAUGGCAUGUAUCCAAUGAUGAAACCGGGUCCGGGGGGAACGAUGUCGGGUUUUCCAAUGGGAGGGCCGGGAGGACCUGACGGAUCAAUGGGACCGAUGGGCCCCGACUUAGGCCCGCCUGUGAUGAAUGGCAUGUCUUCGGGUGGCGACGGGUUGGAUGGCAUGAAGAACAGUCCGGCCAACGGUCCGGGAACGCCACGAGAAGACGGGCCGCCCAUGGGUUACGACAUACCGGGAUAUGGGGGCGAAAAUGACCAAAACGAAUCGGCGGCCAUUUUGAAGAUCAAAGAGAGUAUGCAGGAGGAGGCCAAGAGGUUUGAGAAGGACACACCCACCGAUCAUCCCGAGUACUUCAUGCAAUAACUCAUUCUAUACACUCUGGGCCACAGUUUUGGACACUUUAGUGACAAUUGUUGUGAACCAAUGUUUUUUGUUUCACUUUGAGUGCAGUUUGUGUUGCAAUCAAAUCCAUCGAUAUAUAUGUAUAAAUCAACUCAACUCUCGACGUCUUUUGAAUCCAUUUUUCAAUAUUUAUAUCAAAAUUUAGCC